AUGGGGGUGGUCGCUGGGACCUACGUUCUGGCCCACCCAGCGCUGGGACACGAGGCGCCACCCCUCAAGAACUCGCGUCUGCGCAGUCAGAAGGGAGGUGCGAUCCUGAAUUCUCCCCGGAGUUCGCUCCACGCCGCCAGACGCUGCUUCCGCCCUAACUCGGCAGCUCUGCUCCUGCCCACCGCCCUGGAGCCACUGAAGGACGUACAUCUGGGCCUUGCGCCACCCACCCGCGACACCGCUCGCCUGGCCAUCCUCUCGGGCCACUACCUCUACUAUCACUAUGGCUGCGACGGCCUGGACGACCGGGGCUGGGGCUGCGGAUACCGAACUCUGCAGACGCUGUGCUCGUGGCCACACGGCCGGCCCGUGGGUGUUCCCGGAUUGAUGGAUGUGCAGGCCGCGUUGGAGGACAUGGGUGACAAGCCCCCUGGGUUCCGCGGCUCCAGGGACUGGAUCGGCUGUGUAGAGGCCAGCCUCUGCCUCGAGUACUUCGGAGGACCCCAGGGGCGCCUAUGCCACGUUCCCCGUGGAGCUGGGCUUCAGGGGGAGCUGGAGAGACUUCACUGCCACUUCGCAGGGGGCGGAGGGCCUGUAAUGGUUGGGGGGGAUGCGGAUGCCCAGUCUAAGGCCUUGCUGGGAGUCUGUCUGGGGCCAGGCACCAAAGCCUUCGUCCUGGUAUUGGACCCUCACUGCUGGGGUGCUCCAAAAAACCCCACUGAACUACAGAUUGCUGGGUGGGUGGGCUGGCGAGAGGUGAGCACAACAUUUGACUCCAAGUCCUUCUACAACCUGUGUUUGACCAGCCAUAACUCUGAAAAGCAGCUGCCUCCCCAGGACUGAGACGUUCCCAAAACAGGACUGUCUCCGGCCCCACACACUCUCAAGGGCAGAGGCUUAGAGACUGCAGGAUGCCAGGCCCCCAGGAAGUCCCAGUAGAGCCUGGAAACUUUGGCAUCAAUAAAGUGACAAGGCCCAGCUUAA